CGUUGUCUUUGAUCAACAGUAGGAGGAAGGGAAAAGGGAGGAGGAGAAAAAGUCGGGGUAAGCUAAGCCUUUGAAUCACAGUUAUAACGUUCUUUGAAUCGACUGUGAAGCCAAGCGGAGGAGCGAUGGUGGUGGCGCUUUUGAACCGGUGCUAGGGCUGAAGGGCAGGUCGAGUUUUUGAACCGGCGGGAGUGCUUGUCCUCGGCAAAUUGCAACGGAACAGCAUUGUUGACGGCAGCGGGCAGCAUCUGGGAGCCAUCAGCAGAAUCUGAGAUUUCUGAGGCAACUCCAUGGACGAUCUGCUUUACAAAGAAUUAUGGCAUGCUUGUGCUGGUCCACUUGUUACAAUACCUCGUGAAACAGAGCGGGUCUACUACUUUCCCCAAGGCCACAUGGAGCAGCUUGAGGCUUCAACAAACCAGGGUCUAGAUCAGCAGAUUCCACUCUUUGAUCUCCCCUCAAAGAUACUGUGCCGUGUUAUCAAUAUUAGGCUGCAGGCCGAGGCUGAAACAGAUGAAGUAUAUGCACAGAUUACUUUGCUGCCAGAACCUGAGCAAGCUGAACUUUCUAGUCCAGAUCCUUCCCUACCUGAAAUUUCCAAGCCUAAUGUCCGUUCCUUCUGCAAGAUUCUCACAGCUUCUGAUACUAGCACCCAUGGAGGGUUUUCUGUUCUUAGAAGGCAUGCCAAUGACUGUCUUCCUCCUCUGGACAUGUCUCAGCCGACGCCAACACAGGAAUUGGUUGCCAAGGAUCUACACGGUUAUGAGUGGCGCUUUAAGCAUAUAUUUAGGGGUCAACCCCGUAGGCAUCUUUUGACCACUGGUUGGAGCACAUUUGUUACAUCCAAGAGGCUUGUCGCAGGAGAUGCCUUUAUAUUUCUGAGGGGUGAAAAUGAAGAGCUUCGAGUUGGGAUCAGGCGGCUUGUCAAACAAUCAAGUUCCAUGCCUACCUCAGUGAUCUCCAGCCAGAGCAUGCAUCUUGGUGUUCUUGCAACUGCAUCCCAUGCUGUUGUUUCUCGGACACUCUUUACAGUUUAUUACAAGCCAAGGACUAGUCAAUUUAUAAUUGGUGUAAACAAGUACUUGGAGUCAAUAAAUCAUGGGUUUACAGUGGGCAAUAGGUUCAAGAUGGUAUUUGAAGGGGAUGAAUCUCCUGAGAGAAGGUAUACUGGGACUAUUGUUGGAUUUGCUGAACCUGUGGCUUCACAAUGGGCCGACUCAAAAUGGAGAACACUCAAGGUACAAUGGGAUGAAGCAUCUACCAUACCACGACCAGACAGAGUAUCUCCAUGGGAGAUUGAACCUGUUGUUGGUUCAACUGUUCCUGCUAUACCCUUGCCAGUGGCGCAGAAAAAUAAGCGACCUCAUUCACCAGUUGAUUUCUCUCUUCUCAGAACCUGCAAGAGCCAAGCUGAAUCUGUUUCUUCAUAUUGGUAUCCUGGUGUUUCUCAAAGCCAUGAACUGACCUCAUUAAGUGGCGCAACAGAUUUGGAUGCUAAUCAAACUCAAAUUACCUGGUGUUCCAAGAGGAAAGACUCCAUGGCUGGAGAUGGUCACAAUGUUUUCAUGAACCAACCAGAUGCCUUGUCAUCGCCAAGAGUGCAAACAUCAUUGCCUGUCUUCCAGUCAGAAGAGAAUAAAACAGAGACAAUGUGGUCUUCUGUCACUUGCUUACCUACUAGUGACCUCCCAAUGAAAUUGUGUAGGACUGCAAACUCCCAUCCUCAUGUUGAAGUAGCUACUGACAUUUACCCAGCAACAAACUCAAACAUGUCUUCAGCUUAUUCUGAACAGUCUGUCCAGAAGAAGGCCAAGCCUGAAGGAUGUAGAUUGUUUGGGUUUCAGUUGAUUGAAAAUUGUGGUGCUGCAGAUGAUUCACCUUUGCAGUCUUCACGCACUUCUUCCCCUGUUGAGGAAGUACAUGUCCAACCAAAGUGUGCUGAGUCAGACCAAUCCUCGAAGAAAACCAAGGAUGCAAAGGUGACAACGCAUCAACCGUUCAAGGAAAUUCAGAACAGCCAGAGUGUCCCAACAAGAAGCCGAACUAAAGUGCACAUGCAUGGAAUUGCUGUCGGAAGAGCAGUCGAUCUGGCCACUUUGGAUAGCUACGAAGAGCUCAUAGCGGAGCUAGAACAAAGAUUUGACAUCAAAGGAGAGCUACGACAUCCAUACAAGAAACGGGUGGUUGUUUUUACUGAUGACGAAGGUGACAUGAUGUUAGUUGCUGAUUAUCCAUGGGAAGAGUUCUGCAGAACGGUGAGGAAGAUCUUCAUCUGUACAUGUGAAGAACUUAAAAGCUUGAAACUUGGACCUGUGAACAAGGCGUCAGAGAUCAAGCAUGAACCUUAAAACAUACUCAUGUUGCGGACAGUGAUGAAGGGUGGUGGGAGAUUACAGCUGCAGGCUUUGAAGUCUCAUUGCCUUUUUGGAGCAACGGCAACGCAAUUGACCUUUUUCUACAUUUGGUGGAGGUGGUGGAGUGAGUGAAUGAAUGCCGUGAAUGUUCGAUGGCCAAAAACUGAAAGUGGUGGUGGUGGUCUCUGUUCAAGUUCUGAAUUUACCUUUUCUGUCGGUUUCUGGAACAAAAGGGAGUGGGCUAGUCAUUUCAGGUUUUUCUUUUUCUCAUUUUUCUUCGUGAUUGGGGUGGGGGGAGGGGGGAGAAUGAGGGAUGGUGCUAACAUGUUGCAGAAGAUCGUAGUCUAGAUCCAUAUGGAAGCUAAAGCUUGUGGCUCAAUUUUCUUUUUAUGCCUACUGUGGCUAGAAGCUAAAAGGCUAGUGCUCAAGAGUGUCGUAGCGAACUGCAACGGACAUUGAUUUAAAUCUGUAGAGAUCUGUGAAUAUCUGGUCAUAGUGGAAGGGAGGCGUAGGAGGUUUAUAGGAUAUUGAUAAGGGUUGCGGCUGAUGAUGGAUGGGGAAAGGAAAAAUUUACUUUUCCACCAUCAUUUGUACAUAUGUGUUGCGUAUAUUGUAUUUCCAGUUGACUCUCUCU